AUGAGUAAAGAAAAAAAUGUUAGCAAUGAACAGAGAUGUCGAAUAGAUACUCUGAGAAAAGAAGGUUUAAGUAUUAGAGAAAUUGGUAGGCGGUUAAAAUUAUCAAAAACAGCAGUUUUCCAAGCAUUGAAAUCUAUUCAAGUGACCAAAAAUAUUGAAAAAGCACCCCGAAAACCACGUCCUCGCAAAACUACCGAACGAGAAGAUCGAAUUAUUCAUCGAAUUUCUGAAGCUGAUCGUCACAAAACCGCCCCGGACAGCAGAAGAGAAUUCGCUGAAUUAACAGGCAAGCACGUAAGCAAUAAUACCAUCAAACGGCGUUUAAAUGAGUUUCGGCUUAUGGGUCGCGUAUGUAGGAAAAAACCGUUGAUGUCAAAGAAGAAUAUAGCAGCUCGAUUAACUUUUGCAAAAAGACACCGAAACUGGACAUCGGCUGACUGGAUCGAGUUAUAUUUACAGACGAAUCGAAGUUCAACAGAAUGGGUUCAAAUGGCAAAAGUUAUGUGA